CGGCCCGCCCUUGCCUCCGUUGCCUGAAGCUUCGCUUCUCCAUCCUUCUGGCGCUUCUGCGGCCUGUGUCGUCGUUCCUCGGACACCGUCGCCGCCUGGAACCAUCACUGGGUCUACAAAGAAGCCACUUGCGGACUGGCCUCGCCGCCGCCGCUGCGGCCUCAGAACAAUCUCUUCCUCCGGGGACUGCGCAGCUCUCCUCGUCUUCAAAGCAGCCGCUCCUCGCCCAGCUGAAGGCUGGGCUCCGACUGCGAACGCCGGAUCAACACCGGGAGCAGCGAGUGCCCCGCGCCGCAGCUGCCGGGAGGAAGCGGCCACGCCCGAGACCCCACCGCGGCGCCUCUUCUGCCCCGCGGCUCCAGCCUUCGCCUCACGCCGUCGCUCCUCGCCUUCUGCGUUGCGACGCGACACCCUGCCUGCAGGUAGGGGACCCGGGCUGCAGACCCCGACUGGAGACGCAAGAUGGCAGCGGACGCGUGACUGACUGCCUGAGCAUCCCAGAGUCUUCGCUCCGCGAACCAGCCGAAGGACUGACUUUGGGGGGCAGCGAAAGGACAAGAGCAGGACUCUGGUGUCAUUUGUUCAUUGUGAUUGCCUGAAGCUUGCCUCCCUCGGGCAUACUGGGGGAGGUGUCUGCUGCUCUCCCAAGUCCUAGAGCACAGGGAGCCACCGUCUAAUCCGUAUUUGUAGAAUUGGGGCCCUUGAUAGUUGGGAAAAUGGCGAUGACACUGUUGGAAGACUGGUGCAGGGGGAUGGAUGUGAACUCCCAGAGAGCCCUGCUGGUCUGGGGGAUCCCAGUGAACUGUGAUGAGGCUGAAAUCGAAGAGACCCUCCAGGCUGCGAUGCCCCAGGUGCCCUAUCGAGUACUUGGGAGAAUGUUUUGGAGGGAAGAGAAUGCGAAAGCAGCCUUGUUAGAGCUCACUGGCGCUGUCGAUUACGCCGCGAUCCCCAGGGAGAUGCCGGGUAAAGGAGGGGUCUGGAAAGUGGUCUUUAAACCCCCGACUUCCGAUGCUGAAUUUUUAGAAAAGCUGCACCUCUUCCUGGCGAGAGAGGGGUGGACCGUGCAAGAUGUCGCCCGCGUCCUUGGGUUUCAGAACCCGGCACCGGCCCCAGGCCCAGAUAUCCCGGCAGAGAUGCUAAACUAUAUUUUGGAUAACGUUAUUCAGCCUCUUGUUGAGUCCGUAUGGUACAAGAAGCUGACGCUGUUUUCUGGGAGGGACGUCCCGGGGCCGGGGGAGGAGACCUUUGAUCCCUGGCUGGAACACACUAAUGUGGUCAUAGAGGAGUGGCAGGUGUCUGAUGUAGAAAAGAGGCGGAGGUUGAUGGAGAGUCUUAGAGGCCCUGCCGCUGAUGUCGUCCGCAUCCUCAAGAAUAACAACCCUGCAAUAACCACUGCCGAAUGCCUGAAGGCGCUUGAGCAGGUGUUUGGGAGCGUCGAGAGCUCUAGGGAUGCGCAGGUCAGAUUUCUGAACACUUACCAGAACCCGGGAGAAAAGUUAUCUGCAUAUGUUAUUCGACUGGAGCCUCUUCUGCAGAAGGUGGUGGAGAAGGGGGCCAUAGAUAAAGAUAACGUGAACCAGGCCCGCCUGGAGCAGGUCAUUGCCGGGGCCAACCACAGCGGGGCCAUCCGAAGACAGCUGUGGUUGACGGGGGCUGCGGAAGGGCCUGCCCCUAACCUCUUCCAGUUGCUGGUGCAGAUUCGGGAGGAGGAGGCCAAGGAGGAGGAGGCGGAGGCCGAGGCUGCCCUCCUGCAGUUAGGCCUGGAGGGGCACUUCUGAGGCCCAGCAACAGGCUGUAGUGCAGAACUAGAUCACGGCUGCUUUCCUUGUCUCCUUUCUAUCUUACAGGUGUCGCUUAGUAGCAAAGUCUUACCAUGUUCUGUUGGGGGUUUUGGGGGGCAGGAAGGAGUCAGGCCCGGGGAUUCAUGUAACAUUAGUACAGUUGUGCAAUGAGCACCCUAAGCUACUAUAAGUGAGUCAUGCCUAGCUGCAAUGCCAGGUAAAGACUUGUGCACCAGUCAGUGCUCAGUGCAAGCUGUCAUCGUGGCAAUCAUCAGUUGUAAAACAUGUGAAUUUGUGACACUUCCCAUUGCGGUAAUUAAGUGUGAAAUUGCAUGUUGUGAUGUUUAGCGCAGGACCUGGCAAACACAAAAAGUGUUCAGUAAAAAUGUGAGCUGUUAUUACUAAUGUCAUGAAUAGUUUUUGUGUUUACAGUAAAUUGUCCCUGAUUUAUAUUAAUGGAAAGAAGUGUGACUUAAUUAGAUACUAUUAGUUAUUCAACCAUACAAAGCAAAUUUCUUAUUUUUCAUCUUGAAGUGUCUGGAUCAGUUUAAUUGACAAGUAUUCUGAGACUAUGGAUGGGGUGUUAUAUAAGUACUACCAUUCUAGAACUGAGUAAGUCAUUUUUUUCUCUGUACACGAUACAUAUAUAAAUUGCAUGGGGAGGUUAAAAAGAAGCAGUUACAGUAUCUAGUCCCCCACUCCAAUCUUUGUCAUUGAAUAGUAGUUCUUGUUCAUGCUGAUUCUAAGUGUUCUAAAUUUGAAGUUAUCAAAAUACAUGUAUAUGAAUAAAAAUAUUUCAGAUUUC